GUCCUUUUUAAAUAGUUUCCGGUAUUUGUAGCCAACGUUCUUCCAUUUUGUUCUUCAAGGGUAUCCACAAACCUCAAGUCGAGCCAACAUGUUUCGGUUUGUUAAAGCAGCGCUGAACGUCUCCGCAGGACAAGGUGCCCGUCAAGUGAGGCUCAGUUCGACCCACUCCCCCGAAUUCCAUGCCAAGUAUGGCACCGGCCUGAUGAUCGGAGGAUUCGCGUUUUGUGUGUCUGUCUGGGGAUUUGUACUGACACAAACCGGCAUCACAUGGAAUCUGUCUCCAGUCGGCAAGGUCCAGCCUAAACCAUGGAGGGAGGUAGAAGAAUAA